CACUAUCAAUCAAUCAAUCAUCGUCUUUAAAGACAUACAUGCAAUAUCGGAAAGUGAGGUUAUACAGACUUCAUUUAAUGAAACAAGACGACAAGACCCAGGCGAUCAGGGCUGGCAGACCAGUUGUAUAUAGAGCCGAAUCAAGCCACGAAGGCCAGGAAUGAAUUGGUCGUCCAAGGACUCAUGGAGCUAUGGCUGAUCAUUGUAUGGUGAACAGCAUCAAGUUAUAAGCCCAGAUCACUGCCCUUUUUAUAUUAUUGCAACACUUCCCCAAAUGAUCCAUGUUAUUGGACCGGAUAGGAACGGCGAUGCAAUAGGCAAAAGUGCAAAGGCUUGGAUUGACGUUAUAUAUAUAUCAAGUUAUUAAAGGCCGGAAAUAGCCUAAAGGUGAUCAAGAGGUUGCUCGACUACUCAUUCCUUAUAUAUCUACCUACCUACCUUAGGGGACCAGACAACCUAAGAGGUGAUGUACAAUGUAAGCCACUCAGCCCUCGAACGUCUAGGAAUACAACAUAUUGGGAAGUAAAGGCCGCCCCGAAAAUGAUGCAUCUCGGACUUUCUGUCACCUGCGCUCUGGCAUUGGUGGCCGGUGCUUUGGCCGUCCCAUUCCAACAGCUAGACACUCGCCAGCAGCCGUUCAAGUCGACUGCCAUCACCAGCCACGCCGAACCAUGGGCGAUCGCCUUCCUACCCGAUAGCCGGAUCCUCGUCACCGAGAGGCGGGGCAAUCUGCGUCUCGUCGACCCAGCCACCAAGUCCAAGGGCACUAUCACCGGUGUGCCUACUGUCGCCUACGGCGGCCAGGGCGGUCUCCACGACGUCGCCUUGCAUCCCAAAUACGCCGAGAACAGCAUCAUAUAUCUCAGCUACGCCGAGUCCGGCACUGGCGGGGCAGGCGGGGCAGUCGCCCGGGCCACGCUGACUCUGGACGCCAACGGCGGCGGCGCGCUAUCCGGCCUCCAGGUCAUCUGGCGCCACUCACAGAAGGCCUCGGGCGGGCUCCAGUUCGCCUGUCGUCUGCUCUUCGGGCCCGACGGCGCGUUGUGGAUCUCGUCCGGCGAGAUCAACCAGAUGACCCCGGCGCAGUCCAUGAGCAGCAACCUCGGCAAGAUGAUCAAGCUGUACGACAACGGCACCGCCUUCGCAGGCAACCCGUUCGCCAGCCAAGGCGCCGUCCAGGCGCAGAUCUGGUCGCUAGGCCACCGCAACCCGCUAGGCAUCGACUGGGACGCCCAGGGGCGUCUCUGGGAGGUCGAGAUGGGGCCCAUGGGCGGCGACGAGCUCAACCUGAUCGCGUCGGGCGCCAACUACGGCUGGCCGGUGGUGUCCGAGGGCCGCCAUUACGACGGCCGGACCAUCCCCUCGCACAGCACGCGCCCUGAUCUCGCACCGCCCAAGGCCUUCUGGGUCCCCGUCAUCUCCCCGGCCGGCCUGAUCAUCUACAAGGGCAGCCUGUUUUCCAGCUGGAAAGGCAACGCCAUCAUCACCGGUCUCACCUCGCAGGCGCUUGUACGCGUGACCAUCACCGGUGACACGGCGAAGGAGGCCCAGCGUAUCUCGAUGGGCAGACGCAUGCGCGGCAUCCGAGAGGACAAGGACGGCGCCAUCUGGGUGAUCGAAGAUGGUGCUAACGGCCGGCUCUUGAAACUUACGCCGAACUAAACUUGUGCAAGCGAGAGACGUGGGUGGUUUGGGGUCGCAUAUCAUGAAAUUAUGGCCCUCAUCGUCGCCUGGCUGAGAUACCCUGUUGUCAGAAGGACCAGCUCACUGAUGGUGGUAUUGGAGGGAAUACGUAUAGUUAGUGUAAGCGCUCAGAAGCCUGAAAAUGGGGUCAGCAGAUAGUUGGGCAGUGAGUGAAAAGUAUAUAAUCCGAUGUAAUCCAAUCCAUCUCAUUACAUAGUACU